AAAUACUCAAUUCUUCGACGGAAGAAACGAAUAUAUACCAAAACUCUACUUUCGUAGUAGAAGAGAAGAGAGAAGAAGACGAAGAAGCAUCAGAAUUCAGAAAAAAUGGAAAAUCAAGCAAAUCUCGCCGCCGACGCACAAAGAGAAGAACUUGUCAAUACAUUCUGUGAGAUCACUUCUGCUUCUAAACCCGAAGCCCUUUUCUUCCUUGAAAGCCAUAACUUCGAUUUGGAUGCUGCUGUUUCUACUUUCUUCGAGAACAAUACCUUCGACGCCGCCGCCGCCACCAUUGAUGACGACGAUGAAGCUCCUUCCCAGGCUUCCGCCGCCACUAACAUCGCCGCGCAACGCCGUUCUCCGUCGCGCUCGCGAUCUCCGUCUCCACCUCGACCUAGAAACCCUCCAACCUCUAGCCGCGGCGCUGCUGGGAGGAGAACUGGUGGAAUUCAUUCCUUGUCUGAUCUGAAUCGUCGUCCUGGUACUGGGUCUGGUAGUGACUCCGAUGAGCCUCAAGAGUAUUAUACCGGCGGAGAGAAAAGCGGAAUGCUUGUUCAAGAUCCAUCUAAGGCAAAUGAUGUGAACUCAAUAUUCGAUCAAGCUAGGCAACAUGCAACUGUUGAAGGACCUCCUGCAUCAUCUGGCUCUAGAAGCUUUAUUGGAACUGCUAGAAGACUUACGGGUGAGACUGUGUCAGCUGCUCCUCAGCCACCUGAGAGUGUUACUCAUACUAUCACUUUCUGGACCAAUGGUUUCACUAUAGAUGAUGGACCCUUGCGGAGGUUUGAUGAUCCAGAAAAUACCUCUUUCUUAGAGAGUAUCCGGAAGUCUGAGUGCCCCAAAGAACUUGAGCCAGAAGAUAGGAGGACAUCUGUCCGAGUUAAUCUGACAAGGAGAGAGGAGGACUGCCCUGUUCCAGAGAAGCGUCGUGCUUUAUUUCAGGGCAUGGGAAGAACUUUAGGUAGCACUAGCAAUGCUGAACAAGUAGACUCAAUUGGUGCUAUCUCGUCAUUCACCGCAGCUCCAUCCCCAUCAGUAGGCCUAGUUGUUGAUCAGUCACAGCCAUCAACCUCAAUUCAACUGAGGUUGGCAGAUGGUACACGGAUGGUUUCUCGGUUUAACUACCAACACACAAUCAGGGAUAUUCGAGGGUUUAUUGAUGCAUCAAGGCCUGGUGGAUCAAGGAGUUAUCAACUGCAGACAGUGGGCUUUCCUCCCAAACAACUCUCUGAUCUGGACCAGACAGUAGAGCAAGCUGGCCUAGCCAAUUCGGUUGUGAUUCAGAAACUUUAGCUGGUUACACAUUUUCUGUUAUAUCUGCUGCAGUUGCACCCAGAACCGUGCUGAUUUUAAUGCUAUAUUUGAACUACACAUACAUUCCUAGUCACAAGUAGGGCUAGAUAACGUUUUUCUUGGAGCCUACUAAUGGAAUUCUCUUUUGAAGUUGA